AGGAGAAGGAGGGGGAGGCUGGAAAAUGGCAGCGGCGACUGUGAGGAGGACGUUGCGGGGAAGAGGGGAUGGCUGCGGCCGGAGGGAGCGGGCCUGGCUGCUGGUGCUGGCCUCCGCGUGCCUGGCCCAAGUUUCAGCUGUGGAUGUAUACACACCAGCAGAACUCUCUGUGGAAAAUGGAACAGAGGCAAAACUUCCAUGCACUUUCGCAUCAUCGGAAGUAAUCAGCAGUGCAGCAUCUGUUACCUGGAGCUUUCAAGCAGAGGGAUCAACUACUUCUGUGUCGUUCUUCUAUUAUUCCAAUGGGAGGGCAUACCCUGGGCAAAGUACACAAUUUAAGGACAGAAGCAGCUGGGCUGGAGACCUGAACAAGAAAGAUGCAUCUAUCAAUAUAGCAAACAUGCAGUUUCAGGACAAUGGAACCUACAUCUGUGAUGUCAAGAACCCUCCAGAUAUAGUUGUCACUCCAGGAGAAAUUAAAGUCAGAGUUGUGGAGAGAGGAAACUUGCCUCUGUUUACCCCUACCCUUGUGGCAGGGAUAAGCAUUGGUGGAGUUCUGGGUUUAAGUUUACUCAUCAUUCUUAUUGUGUGCAUCGUGUACAGAAAGAAGAAUUCUAAAAAGCAUUACUCUGGCUGCAGUACCUCUGAGAGCUUGGUGUCUCCAGUUAAGCAGGCUCCACGGAAGUCCCCCUCCGACACAGAGGGUCUGGUAAACAGCGUGCCCACCCGAUCGCAUCAGGGCCCAGUAAUUUAUGCACAGUUAGAUCACUCUGGAGGGUGUUACAGUGACAAAAUCAUCAAGUCAGAGUCUGUGGUCUAUGCUGAUAUUCGGAAGAACUGAGAAGAUCCCAGCCUACCCAAAGCUAAACAAAAAUUCAAACUGGAAUCGCUUGAAUAAGGUUGACCCAGAGAACUCACAUGUGGCCUUUGAUGCCUAGGCUAGGACCAAUGCAUGUGUAUACAGAGAGAAAGAGAUUAUAUAUGUAUUGUGUGUAAAUAGUCUUAUUUAAUCGUACAGAAAUGAGACCAAUGUUGCAUGUUGAACUAUGAUAAGAAUUCUGCUUAUAAAUUGCCAAUUUUUAAUUUUUAUUUUUUUAUUUUUUUGUAUUUAGGAUAAGGGGAAGAAAGCAGAUAUUCAUUUUACAGCAUUAAGUAACGUGUCUUAGUUGUUCUGUGGAAAAACUGGAAAAUUCCUGGAUAUUCUAGUGGAUUUGAUACUUUGUUCUUUUCCAGAUUCUUUUCUUUUUGAUGAUAUGGACACAAGAACUGUUUCUGCAUGAUUCUUUUUCCUAAUUUGGUGCUUUCCACAUUCACUUGAUCAUAUGUCACUCUUGUCCUUUCAUUCUUAUACCCUUGAUUUUAAGAGGGAAAAACCUGCCUUCAACUUUCUGCAUGGUUUCUUGUUGGCUGAAGUUUUAUCUUCAGGACACUGACUAAACUUUGUCGUGCUUGAAUGAAAAGCCAUAAAUGGAAUGGCUUUUCUGAUUUUAAUAUUGCAAUUUUAAAUUUUCAUUAGGCAAUUUUAAUAAUGCAGUAAUAAUAAAACUCCCUUUUAAACUUUA